AAAGCUGUAUUAUUGCACGUAUCAGCUGUAGCGCUUGUCUCUCCCGGUGGGAAUAUAAUAACAACAUACGGGUUAAUAGACAAUGCUAGUCGAGGGUCGAUUAUUGGGCGAGAUAUGGCUCGACAUAUGAAACUAAAGGGUAGAAAAGAAUUAGUGUCGAUAAAUACCAUCAUUGGUAGCGAGACCCAAGAAUACGAAAUUGUUAACUUUGGCAUUCAAUCUGUUUCUAAUGAUUCAAAACUGUAUGGUGUGGAAGCUAUUAUUUCGGAUAGUUUCAAUAUAUGUGAAAAAUACCUCCCGCACGACAUAAAUUUACAAGACUAUGAACACUUGGCUGAUAUUAAAUUACCAGAUGUGGACAUAAAAGAAAUAUCAAUUUUAAUCGGAAAGGAUGUUGAUGAGGUACACGACAUAUAUGAAUUUCGCAAAUCUCCAAAUUCCGACAAACCCUUGCAUGGGAUUCUAGGACCAUUAGGCUGGGUCAUUACUGGAACGCUCGGUGAACCUGUAAUGAACAAAGAAGUUAAUGUGAAUUAUAUUGACUACAAUCAUGACUAUGAUUUAAAUGACAUGGUUAAGAAGUUCUGGAAAAUUGAAGACUCAGGAAUUAAUAGAUCAAAUGUCUCUGAUAAAUCCCUAUCUAUAGAAGAUAAACGUGCCAUAGACAUUAUGGAAAAAACUACAGUAUUGUCUGAUGGACACUAUGAAACUGGUCUAUUGUGGAAAAAUGACAAUGGAAAACUGCCAAACAAUAAACCACAAGCUGAACAUAGACUAGCAUCUUUAAAACGAAGAUUCGAACGCGAUUCUGAUUACAGAAAAACAUACUUUGAUAAUAUGAAUGAUAGUAUUUUCAAAGAACAUGCAAGAAAAUUAAGUGAAUCUGAAGUUUUGUCCACGUCAGACAGAACUUGGUAUCUACCUCAUUUUGGUGUUGUGAAUCCUAAGAAACCAGGGAAAUUGCGUAUUGUGUUCGACGCUGCUGCACAAUAUCAGGGAACUUCUUUAAACAAGAAUUUACUUCCAGGACCAGAUAGAACAAAUAAUCUUGUGGGCGUUAUUCUUAGAUUUAGGCAAGAAAAUAUCGCUCUAUCGGCUGAUAUACAGGGAAUGUUUCAUCAGAUCAAGGUUCGCGAACAAGAUCAAGACUCCCUGAGAUUCCUUUGGUGGGACUCUGAUGACAUAAACUUAAAGCCCUCAGAAUACGCAUUUUGCAGACACAUUUUUGGGGCUACUGACUCGCCCUGUAUUGCAACGUCAGCACUAAGAAAAACAGCGUCAGACAACAAAAAACUUUAUAAUGAACUGACUAUAAAAACUGUAGGUAAAGAUUUUUAUGUUGACGACUUGUUGACAUCGGUGCCAACUGUAGGCAUGGCGAUAGAAUUAGGACACAAUUUAAGUGAUUUAUGUGAAAAGGGUGGUUUUAACCUAAUAAAGUUCAACAGUAAUAGCAAAGAAGUAUUGUCAACAUUUCCUGCAAAAAAACUAGCAGAAAAAACCAUUGAUUUAGACUUUGAGGAAUUAUCGAAAACAAAAGCUUUGGGAAUUCAAUGGAAUGUAGAAAACGACACUCUGGGGUUCGACGUUGUCGAUCUACAAAAACCUAAUACGAUGCGUGGGGUUCUAUCUACGAUUUGUAGCGUUUUUGACCCACUGAGUAUAAUUGCGCCAGUACUGCUACCGGCAAAAUUGAUAAUGCAAGAACUGUGGAGGAAACAGUGGAAGUGGGACAAACCUUUAGAAGGACAAUUACUGGACAGAUGGUUAAAGUGGAAGAACAAUUUAUACAAAAUAGAACAUGUAAAAAUUCAAAGGUGCUAUUUUAGUAAUAUUGAACAUUCUAAUUGUACUAUACAGUUACAUCAUUUUUCAGAUAGUUCAGAAUUCGCAUAUGGAUCUGUGUCCUUUUUACGUAUCCAAUAUGACAAUGGCGAAAUAGAAUGUAGAUUUAUCAUUGGCAAAUUACGUAAUGCACCAUUAAAAGUUGUUAGUAUACCACGCUUAGAACUACAGGCAGCAGUACUUGCUACCAGAAUAAACACAUUUAUUGUGAAUGGACUUGAAUUAAAAUUUGAAUCCAUAACAUUUUGGACGGAUUCUAUGAUCGUUCUAAAUUACAUAAAUAAUACCAACCGAAGAUUUAAAACUUUUGUAGCUAACAGAGUAACUGAAAUACACGAAUCAACUAUAACUGAUCAAUGGAAAUAUUGUCCGGGUACUGAAAACCCCGCAGAUGAUGUCAGUAGAGGAAUGAAUCCAGAACAGUUAAAUAUUCAUAACAGAUGGUUAUCUGGACCGGAAUUCUUAAGAAAACCGGAAAGUGAAUGGACACAUUCCCAACUUCAGGACAUUCCUUUAGACAAGUUAGAAAUUAAAAAGGAAGUGAAUUUUACAAACAUCGAUUCUGAAUCAUCAUUAUUAUACAUGUAUGUAAUUCAGAAAUAUUCAAAUUGGACAAAAUGUUUGCGUGCCUUUGCUUGGCUGAUUAAAUUUGUCGAUUGGAUUGGAUUGACGAACGUUGAACGAUCAAAAAUGAAUAAAACUUUGUCUUUAAAAGAAAUAGAAUUAGCCAAACGAAAAAUUAUAGGCUUGGUUCAAAACGAAUGUUUUGGCGAAGAUAUGAAAGCGUUAAAACGUAAUACUUCUGUUAAGUCUUCUAGUUCUAUUAUUAGUCUAAAACCUGUGUUAAGAGAUAAUGUAAUUUGUGUUGGUGGACGCAUUUCAAAGGCGCCCAUUUCUCUAAGUGCUAUGCAUCCAAUGAUUAUUCCAAGAAAAAAUCAUUUGACAAAAAUGAUUAUUCGACAUAUACAUGAAACCAAUGGACAUUGUGCAUUUAGAAGUAGCUCGUUCGCUUGAAACGGACGAUUUCAUCCUGACUUUAAUUAGAUUUUUGAAUCGAAGAGGACAUGUAAAGGAACUAAGGACCGACAAUGGAUCUAAUUUUGUUGGUGCCGAUAAGGAAUUGCGUGAUUUAUGUAGAAAUUUGAAAAAUGAACAGAUUGAAAGAGACUUAAGUAAACGCGGUGUAAAAUGGAUUUUCCAUACGCCUUUAGCUCCUCAUACGUCAGGAGUAUGGGAGAGCUUGGUAAAAGUGGUAAAAAGGAGUUUAAAAACUGUCUUAAAGGAACCAGUAACAGAUGAAAUUUUACAGACUGUAUUCACUGAAGCGGAAUACAUCGCAAACAAUCGACCUUUAACAAAGAACCCAAUGACGCCUUAUGACUGUGAACCCCUAACCCCAAAUCAUUUUCUAAACAUAAGACCUUCUUUAAAUAUUCCUCCAGGAAUAGUAAGUAAGUCAGAUCGAUUUCAUAAAAAGCGAUGGAGACAGGCACAAUUACUUUCGGAGCAUUAUUGGAAGCGAUGGCUGAAGGAGUACAUACCUUCGUUACAAAACAGACAAAAAUGGCAUCAAGUUAAAGAGAAUUUGUGCAAAGGAGACCUGGUACUUUUAGUCAGUGAAAAUUUGCCACGGAGUAAAUGGCUCCUAGGACGUAUAACAAAUGUUUUUAAAGGACCUGAUGGACUUGUCAGGUCAGCAGAAGUUAAAACAAAAAAUGGUAUUUUUAAGAGACCGAUAACCAGGCUGUGUUUUUUAGAAGCCCAUAACUCUGAUUUGUGUAAAAAAAAAAAAAAAAAAAAAAAAAAAAAAAAAAAAAAAUUGUUGAAUUAGAAUGUUGAAAGUUUGAAAGAUUUGUUUGAAAGAUUACUUUAUAAGAUGUGUUUGAAGAUUUGUUCAAAAGAUUAUUUUAUAAGAUGUGUUUUUAAAAAUACAUGGUUAGAAAGAUUUGUUCGAAACAGUACUUUGAUAUGUGUUUUGAAAUAAUUAGUUUGAAAGAUUUGUUAGAAAGAUUUAAUUUGCUAUAUUAUAUUAGGUGAUGAAGCUGUCUUAAGAGAGACCCUUCAUGGGGGGCGGAAUGUUGUCUCCAUUAUGCAUGAUGACCACUUUUUUAUUUUUUUUUGAGCAAUGUAACAAAGUAGUAAUUAAUGUGUUGGUGGGCUAGAACCGAAGCUCUGUCAGGUUGCUUAGCAACAUAGCCAUGUUGAAUUUUUUGUGGAAAUCAAGGCACCAGCACUGUUGAAAGCCUUUGUUGAAAAUUGUUGAAAAAGAUGAAUAUGAAUAUGUUUUAAGUUCAGAAAAGUCACCAAUUAAAUCGAAUCUCACUACCUCACUCACUACCUCAUUCACUCACUCAUUUACUGAUUCACUCGUUAAGCUGUUGAAAGAUGUUAUGCUUAUUGUAGAAAGACGUUAUGUUUAUUGUUUGAAAGAUGUUAUGCUUAUUGUUGAAAGAUGCCGAAAGAUAAUAAAACUUGAAUUUUUAGUGAGAUCUCGAAUUUUUGGUGAUUUAUAAGAUGAAAACAUUGAAACGAAUAUGUGUUUAUCCGAAUGAACAGGAUUGCACGUAACCGAACCUUACACAAG